AUGUCCUGUCGAGAAACGGCCCGUAAGCGAGAUUGGUCACGACAAGCUGGACACUUUAAUAGGUACGCACUAGAAAAAGUUCCAUACACCAUUAAUCGAUAUACCGAUGAAGCCAAAAGACUUCACUACGUUUUGAACGGUGCUUUGGAAGAAAGUAUCGAUGAGUUUCCAAAUUUAAAAACUUGGGUUGCACAAUUGAUGGAUAAUCCUGAAAAAUUGGAUGAAUCUAUUAAAAAUGGAACUCAACAGAUGAAAAAUAGGUUAUUUAUACAAACGUAA